UCAAAAAUAAAUGCACAUUUAAAUUUUAACAAAAUUUUUGGUCUGCGACAGAAACUGAAAAAGACAGCAAAUAGCAGUAGUUGUUGAUUGCGGUGUUAGAAUAUCAGCUUUCGCUUGUUUUAUCGGAAAUAAAAAAAUAUACAUCCCAUUGAUUACUCAAGUAUAAUUUAUGAAUAACCAGCAUAGUAAUUAUUUAUGAGCAAGAUGGCUCUUCUUCGUUUUGUAAUUGCAAGUGCAUUCAUCGUGCUUGCGGCGACUUCAUCUGUCCACGCUGAAGCCGAAAACCUAGAUGAUGGGGUCACCAUUGAGACAGUAGAAGAAGACGGCUACCAGACACCACAAAUUGAUUCUAAAAAAGCAUACUUUGCCGAACAUUUUGAUGAUGAAGAGGCUUUCAAAAAGAAAUGGGUGAAAUCGGAGACCAAAAAGCAAGGAGUUGAUGAUACUAUUGCCAAAUAUGAUGGAAAGUGGGAGUUACAAACACCAGCAAGACGUUUACUUAAAGAUGACUUAGGACUGGUGCUUACAACAGAAGCCAAGCAUGCAGCAAUAUCGGCCUUACUCAACAGGCCAUUUGUGUUCAGUGAUAAACCAUUGAUUGUGCAGUAUGAAGUCACUAUGCAGGAAGGCCAAAACUGUGGUGGCGCGUACUUAAAGCUUCUCUCCAAAGGCGUCAACACACGGAACGAUCUUAAACAAUUCCAUGACCAAACUCCAUACACAAUUAUGUUCGGACCAGACAAGUGCGGCAACGACAACAAACUGCAUUUCAUCUUCAAACAUCAGAAUCCAAAGAAUGGCACUAUUGAGGAGAAACACGCCAAGAAACCUACUCAGCGGCUAGAUGAUAUAUACAAAGACAAGGAGCCUCACCUAUAUACAUUAAUCGUUCGUCCUGACAACACAUUCACAAUACUGGUGGACAAUAAGGAAGUUAAUUCCGGGUCUCUGUUGGAAGACUUCACCCCCGCAGUGAACCCACCAGAGGAGAUAGAUGACCCUAAUGAUAAAAAGCCAGAGGACUGGGAUGAGAGGGAGAAGAUUGUAGACCCCACAGCGACCAAACCAGAGGAUUGGGACGAAGAUGCGCCGGCGCAGAUAAUUGACCCCAGCGCGGUUAAACCAACAGGCUGGCUUGAUAAUGAACCGGAGAUGAUACCUGACCCCGACGCGGUAAAACCGUCGGACUGGGAGGACGAGAUGGACGGAGAGUGGGAGGCCCCUCUCGUGGACAACCCUUUGUGCAGCGCCGCCCCUGGCUGUGGCGAGUGGAAGGCGCCCCUCAUUGCCAACCCUAACUACAAGGGUGUAUGGCGGGCGCCAUUGAUCACAAACCCCAACUACAAAGGCAAGUGGACCCCGCGACGCAUCCCAAACCCCCAUUACUUCAACGACGAGCACCCAUUCCGUAUGACGACUAUUACCGCCGUAGGCUUCGAAUUGUGGUCGAUGUCUCCUCAGCUCCUCUUCGACAACUUGAUCAUCACAGACGAUGAAGAGGUGGCCGCGGAGUGGGCCAGACAGACAUACACACUCAAACGGGACAGAAUUACUAGCCAGGCGGAAUCGCUGGUGGAGCGAGGUCUGAAGUUCGCGGGUGAGAACCCCUGGGUGUACGCCGUGGUCAUCAUCGGGUCGUUCAUCAUUGUGGGCUUUGUGGCCUACAUGUGCUGUGGGCCCAGAACCCAAGAUCCAGAAGUAGAUGACGUUAAGAAAACUGAUGCAGUAGUAGAGGACGAUCCUCACCAAUCCGACGAGGAGAGAGAGGAAGAGAAGAUAGAAGAGAGCGCGGAAAAAGAGAAACAGAGCAAGGCUGAUUUAGAGGGACCAGAUGAUAUUAAGGAGAGCGCGCCACCCAUCGACACGGAGGGCGCUGGUGAUGGACAAAGGAAACGGAAACCGCGUAAAGAAUAAUUUAAUUAUUGUAUUUCAUUAUCUACUGACUUAUGAUAUUUAAUUUUCUCUUCAAUUUCCUGAAAUUAUUUUGAAUCAGUAGACGGUGAGAUAUUUUGUAGUUAGUGCGUCGUGUUAUUCAUUUGUCGGUUGCUUAUUAGAAAAAGUGUUCUGCUUUUUAGUUGGAGACGGAUUCAGUGUGGGUGUGGUCACUAUAGCUAAAUUUAAUAUCUCUAAUUAAAUAAUAGUAUAUCAUAAUAAUAUAUCCUUACAUAUGUAUUCAAGUAUAUUAUUCUAAUUACAAUAUAAAUUCUUUACUAUCUUUACUUCUCAAUGGAUAAAUAAUUUUUUUUUUUGUUCAUAUAAAUGUCUAUCUCUUUUUAUCACACUGUGAUGAAAAUGCAAUUAGAAAAAGAGAUACAAGUACUUAGAGUUUAGUUUUCAUCAAUAGUAAUAUAUAAUUUUCAUGUGUGACCACAUUUAACUGUUUUUGAAGCAUAUAAGUAAUUUAAGUUGUUUGGUAGACCGUAUAUUACUAGUAUAUAAUUAAGAUAUGUAUAUGGAAAAUAUAUUUACAAUAGGAAAUUUUGUCUAUUAAUCUUCAUUCACUCUCGUCUACCAAAGAAUUUUGAAAGCAUAGAGCUCGAACAAUCUAGAAGGGAACAAAAAUAGCAGUGCUGCUUUUAUGUGAAAAUUGACUGUGAUUUCACCUUGAAAAUUUUAGUUUUGAAUUUCAAAGCUAAUUGUUCAUUUGUCGCAUUUAUGUUAUAAGUACAUCGGGUAUGUAAUGUAAGGACGUGUGUUUAAUGAAUAAAUUGCGUGUGAAUUGUGUUUCACCUUAUCACCACUAAUAAAUUAUUAAUAUUCAGUGUCUAUAGAGCUUACGUGGUAUUAUAUUAAUUUUGAGUUCAUAGACAGGAAUGUCACUUUUUCGUUUGUAGUCUGUAACGCCUACAGAUUAACCCCAUUAUAACCUGUCGCGUAAAAAUGUCACAGACAAUGCAAAUAAUUAGUCGGGGUUGCCAGUCAUAAAGACACCACAGAUUAAAUUGCUUAUCGUUUUGACUUUAAACGAUUUUUUUCGAGGUAAUUUACGAUAGAUAAGCACGAAUUAUAUACAAUGUAUUUAAUAUAUUAUACAAAUUAGCAGCUUAUGUGCGAAAUGUAGAUUUCACAAAUGUUUCUGGCAACUUAACCUAAUUAGUCUGUUUGCUCCAUAGAUUAAAACAAUUUUAUGUCCGAAUAGAUAAUUUAAAUAGAGUAUUAUGUAUCAACGAAAGGUUUAAAGUAUUUUAUAUUGUAUGUACGUGUGUGAUAGGUACGUUAAUGGACUGUAAUUUACAUAAUAAAUUAUUUAUAAAA